AUGGAGAUUGCUCCUAGUUCAUACUACACCAACUUGAAGAGGUACUGGAGGAGGAGAAGGUACCAAAAGCUGAGCGUUGACAACAAGAAGAAGCUCAGAGUUCAAAGGCUCGGUGGAGGCCCUAAUGGGACUAGUCCUCCUCGCCGGUUCUUCAAGAUCAGAAAGCUUCGGUUCCUCAAGUUUGUUUCGCCGAUAAGUCUCUUGGCCAAGGCACACGGUGCUUAUGUUGACAUGAUGGUAAAGAUGGCCGGAAACGUUGGCGGUGCCAGAAGGAUGGCAGGAGGGUCCAAGAAGGUGGCUAAGCCCCAAGAUCAGAUUUCUGUGGCCGCUACUUGCGGUGAGCAAGCCGUCGACACUAGACUGGUUUUGGAGAUUUACAAGAGACUGGCGGCUUCUCGCCAAUUAGCUGCCUGUUGA